AUCAAUUGGAGUACCAUUUUUGUAGUUUAUUAAAGAGCGAGGGGAUACGUAGGGUUUAUUUGUCGAGGGCCUGACCUAAAGGGUCUACGGAAGGAUCAUUUGGUAGUAAAGAGGGAAGAACUGGAAGGGAAGAAUGAGGUUGGAGAAGUGCUGGUUCUGUUCCUCCACCAUAUACCCUGGCCAUGGCAUUCAGUUUGUUCGAAAUGACGCCAAGAUAUUCCGGUUUUGUCGUUCAAAGUGUCAUAAAAAUUUCAAGAUGAAGCGAAAUCCUCGCAAGGUGAAGUGGACUAAAGCAUACAGAAAGUUACAUGGAAAAGAGCUCACUAAGGACACAACCUUUGAGUUUGAACGGAAAAGAAACAGGCCUGAAAGAUAUGACAGAAAUCUUGUGCAAGAUACAUUGAAGGCCAUUAAGAAGGUUGAAGAGGUUCGUGUCAGGAGGGAAGCUGCACUAUGGGAGAAGAGGAUGAAGGGCAACACAUCUAAACAAAUCAAAGAGGAUGUCAGAGAAUUGGAGCAAAGUAUUAGCUUGGUCAAAGCUCCUCUUGUCAUGCAGGAAGAUCCUGGACUUACCUUGCCAAAGAAAACAGAGAAGAUAAAAGUUAAAGUUUCCAAACAGUCCAUGGAAGAGUAAUGGGUGCGCUGUGCUAAUCAAAAGCAGUUAUUCACUUUGUAUUAUAUAUUAUCUUCUUAAUGUAUUUGAGUUACAAAUGUGAUGCUCAGGCAAAUUUUUAUUUUGCUCGUGUACCUGUUUUGUUUGAGUCUUGCUACUUUGAAGACCUGUGGCAAUACUGUCACAGGAUUGUUUCUGAACUUGCAACCCACCUCUGAUCACAUAUUUAUUUUAAUUUUAGCAUCUGAUGCUGACAUAUUGUAGCUCUUAUAAGUAUAGAGCAUUUUGUUUAACUUUAAACCUCAAAAUCAAAAGAAAUUUGGAUAUGGGAUCAUUUUUUUUGAAAUAAGACUUUAUUACUCGUCU